AUUAGGGUUUUCUGCAACUAAGCAAAAAACCCUAAAAUCCCCUGAACGAAAAAUAAAAAUUCGUUUCAAUGUCAACCCCCGGCCGUUCACCGGAGUCACUCCUCGCCUCCGGCAAGAAUUCCGACAAACUAAGCUUAGCAACACUACAAUCAAAAAUGAAAAUAGACCCCGAAGGUUACGAAACGGAGCUAAAUCUGUUAUACAGCCAAUUCAAUUCAGCAGUUGAGCUGUUUGGACAACAAUCAACGCUCAGUUUUACAUCGUUAUCCUCAUCGGGAAUAUGUGCUGAUCUAACUAUAGCUAAAGAGCUCGGUGAUAAGGCAAUGUUUUUAGCUCAUAUGACGCCGUUUUAUCCUAAGCAACUCGCUGAGUUCCCGCGUCAACUCGCUGAGUUUCUUAAAUCAUCUUCUAAAUCACUUCCUUCUGGCCUUAGGUGUCAUGUUUCUCAAGCUCUUAUUCUUUUAAUUAAUCGGAAGAUGGUUAAUAUUAAUGAAACUCUUGCAUUGUUCAUCGAGCUACAAACAUUGGGAGAUAGAAAUCUGAAAAAAUUGGCAUUUUCACAUGUUAUUCAUAGCAUUAGACGCAUGAAUAAGCAGCAUAAAAAUGAUGCGAAGAAUCGAGUUCUACAAAAUAUCUUGUUUGAAAUCCUACAGCAAGAGGAUGAAGGGAGAGCUAAGAGAUGUUUAAUCACAUUAUGUGAGCUUCAUCGGAGAAAGGUUUGGUUUGAUGAUAGAACAGCAAAUGCAAUUUGCAUGGCUUGUUUUCAUUCAUCGCCUAGGAUCAUGAUUGCUGCCAUGUCGUUUCUUUUGGAUUACGAGAAGGUUGAGGAUGGUGAUAGUGAUGAUAGUGAUGGUGCAAGCAGUGAAGAUGAAUCAAAAUCUCAAGUUCUUAUCAGUAAAGAGGCUAUUUAUAAGGCAAAUAAUAAAGGCACUGUAUGCAGUAAAAAGAAAAAGAAAGCAAAAUUGCAGCGUGCUAUGCGCAGUUUGAAAAGGCAGCAACGUCUUUCAUCAGAAAAAAGCAGUUCAACUUAUUAUUCACCACUAAGCCAUCUCAAAGAUGCUCAGGGCUUUGCUGAGAAGCUAUUUUCUCGACUUCAGACUUGCAAUGAACGUUUUGAGGUUAAGAUGAUGAUGUUGAAAUUAAUUGCUCGAACUGUUGGUCUUCAUCAAUUGAUUUUGUUGAACUACUAUCCUUACCUUCAGAAAUAUGUUCAGCCUCAUCAACGUGAUAUCACAAAUUUACUUGCAGCAACUGUUCAGGCUUGUCAUGAUAUGGUGCCUCCAGAUGCCGUUGAACCAUUAUUCAAACAAAUAGUAAAUCAAUUUGUACAUGAUCGUUCACGACCAGAGGCCAUUGCUGUUGGACUGAAUGUGAUAAGAGAAAUUUGCUUGAGAAUGCCUUUGUUGAUGACAGAAGAUUUACUGCAAGAUCUUGUAUUAUAUAAAAAAUCACACGAGAAGGCAAUUUCAGCUGCAGCUAGGUCACUUGUGGUUUUAUUUAGACAGCUUUGUCCUUCACUAUUAGUUAAGAAGGAUCGGGGUCGUCCCAUUGAUCCGAAGGCAAAGCCAAAAGCAUAUGGAGAAGUUAAUGUAUCCAGCGAUAUACCUGGGCUUGAGUUGUUACAAAAUGAUGAUGAGGAUGAAGACGAUAAUAACCAUGAUGAAAUUAAUGAGGAUGUGGAUGACGAUGACUUGGCUGUCUCGAGUGAUGAAGAAAAUCAAAUUUACAGUGACUGUACUGGAACUGAGGAUGGUGAUUUAGAAAAUGACUCAUUGGAUGAAGAUGACGAGGACAAUCUUGAUGAAAAUGACAGUGACAAUAAUGAUAAAAGUAUUAAUGAAAAUGACAGUGAUGAUGAUAUUACUAUUAACGAAAAUGAUAGCGAUGCCAGCGAUGGUAGCAUUAGUGACAAUAACAGCGAAAUGAGCGAUGAUGAUGCAAAAGAACAUGAAAAUGCUAAGGGUUCUCAUAGAACGGGCAAAAGGAAGUUCUCUGAUUUUGAUGGAAACCUUAUUGCUGCUGAUACGAGUCUUCGAGCUCUUAAGAAAUUGACAGAAGAAAGGUUGAAUCAUAACUUAUCUGAUCCAACAGACGGCUUUCUUUCUAACGAGGACUUCAAAAAAAUCAAGGAGUUGAAGGCGAAGAAGGAUGCUAAAAUUGCUUUAGUUCGGCAAGGAGUCAAAGUUCCAAACUCUGAUCAAUUAAGUCUUAAGCGAGUGGAUCCUUCGAAGCUAGAAGCUCAUUUGCGGCAUAAGCUAAGCAAGGAAGAAAGAUUGGCACUAGUGAAAGCUGGGAGGGAGGAAACAGGGAAAUAUCAGGCUCGAGCUGCCGUUAAAAAGAAGAAGACGGGUGGUAAAAGUAACCAGCAGAAGCAACACGAGAAGGUUAUGCCCUCUGCGGCCAGAAAGGCCAGGGCUCAAAGAACUCGGACUGACAAAAAAAGAAAACAGGAUCGCUCAGGCAAGCAGUUCCGGGGAAAGAAAGCUUGGAAAUGAUCGUGUCGACAGAUUUUCUUGUCGGCUUUUUAUUUUCUUCUUUCAUGUUUUUAAUUUACUAGAUUUAUGCAUAACAUUUUUUUCUUAAACAAAAGAAAAGAGAUUAUAAUUGCCUAAAAUUAGCCUGUGACGGACGUUCAAAUCAUGAAAGCUACAAACCAAGAUGAUGGAUAAAUUUUGAGGUAUUAUUUAUGUAUAACAUUUGGAAAAAAUUAAUAAAUGAAAAAUAAUUUAUUCA